AUGUCUCGAUCAGGCCGACGAGGCCCUUGGCUACCAGAGGAAGAUGCUACCCUGUUACAUCUUGUCCGAACACAGGGCCCGAACAACUGGGUUCGCAUUUCGGAGCACAUGCAACACCGAUCACCCAAACAGUGUCGGGAGCGAUAUCACCAAAAUCUGAAACCGUCGCUGAACCACGAACCCAUUUCGGCCGAAGAGGGCGAAGUGAUUGAGCAACUGGUCCGCGACAUGGGAAAGCGAUGGGCAGAAAUUGCACGACGACUGGGGAACCGGAGCGACAACGCAGUCAAGAACUGGUGGAAUGGCAGCAUGAACCGCCGGAAAAGAAACACAGGGCCGCAUGGCGCUGCUAAAAUGGUGGGAUAUCGAGCGCAACCCAUUCUGGCAUCAGCCUCGUCUCUACCGAUGAAGCAACUUUAUCUACCAGACCAGCUCGCGCACCCACCCUUCUCAGUCUCGGAUCCCUUUCACAGGUCCGAAGUCAGCCCUUCAGACACACUAGCCCUGCGACCAGAGCGUCGGUACGACCUGCUUCCACGACCAGGCGGGCAUCAAUUGUCGGUGCAGACUGAUUGCCGGUCCCUCUUGUACCCAGGGUCUGACCAGCCGAUCUUGAGUCCUCUUCAACCUCACUCGGCAUCUGGUAACCUUCCUAGCCCGGGGGGGAAACCACUCCUUGGGCUCCAUAGCUGGUCUCCCACUCGAUUAGAGUGUCAGCUGCCCCCCCUUAACUGGCACGAAGCGCCUGUUCCAUCUCCCGCGGCGACAGAAGCUUCGCAGGGAUCGUAUCCCCAGCAGGCGCCAUCGCUCGUGUCGGACAACCAGUCGAAUUGUUCUAUUUCGCCCAAGACGGUGACCUCCCCGCGCCCUGGUGGGAUAGUGGGUCAAUUGCCGUCUAUCGAUCUGUGGCCAGAGAUGCACCGCAGAAACAGCACGGGUAACUAUCCUGAUGCCGAGAUUGAUGGCACCUGGAAGGGGCGGGCACACGAAGACAUGAGACUACAUCGAUCAGGAGGCCGAGCGGAUUCGGUAAUCCCCGAGGUUACCAUUCUCCCAAGCCUGUCACGCCCAGCAUCACUUCGCGACGCGGCAGACAACCGUCCAAGUUUCAGCACGACAGAGGGUCGCAGUCCGACCCCAUCUAGCGGCAAGACGACCGAGAAAGACACUCGGAUGAACGUGGCGCGGCUGCUUGAAUGA